CUCCUUCUCUCUUUUAUGGCCAUCCCUAAUCUGUUCCUUAUUCUUUUUCAAGUAGGUUGUGUAAGUGGAAUCAUACAUCAUAUUAUCUUUUGAGAUUAGCAUUUGUCAUUCAAGAUUUCGUAAAGAUUCCUCUAAGUUGUUAGAUGUUGCUGAAUAAUGUUCUGUAGACUGGAUGCAGUCUACAGUUUAGGUGUUCAACUACUGGAGAGCAGAAGGGUUAUUUCCAGUUUUGAAUGGGAGAAAAAGCUGUGAAGGACAUUUGUUUCUGUUUGAACAUACAUUUUAAUGUUUGUAGACGUGCUCAAAAAGUACAAUUGUACUUUUCUGCUUCCGCUUCCAUCCCUGCCGAGGUCCUGGUCAAAGAUGGCAGCGCGGGGCUGUGUCCUGGCUUUCCAGGCUGCUGUGUCAGUCCUGGCACUGUGGGGGCGGCCUAUGUCGAGUGGCUCGCAUGUGAUGCCCUCACCCUCUUCAUGGCGCUCCCCGGGGUGGGAGUGAGCUUGCUGACCGUCUUCCUGAAGGCGCAGCACGGAGAGCACGAGAGACCCGAGUUCAUCCCCUACCCUCAUCUCCGCAUCAGGUCCAAGCCCUUACCCUGGGGAGAUGGUAACCACGGUCUAUUCCAUAACCCUCAUGUGAAUCCGCUGCCAACCGACUAUGAAGACGAAUAAAGAGAAUCUGGACCCCACAGCACUAGUUUGGACCAUUACUCUGCAUGCGGACCAAAAAAGUGUACGGGACCUUAGCUCACCUUUUUUAACUUGUAUUAGUCUUUAACCAGGAUACUGAUCUUCCGUCCAUGCUUAUGGCAGGAGAUGGCUUAAAUAAAUAACUCAGAUUGGUUAAAAAUAAAAAAUACAAUUGUGUGGUAAAUGCUGUGUUCAGUUAAGAAACUGCUGAUCUAUUGUCUAGAGUGAUUGCAUUCUUUUAAAUUCUGACUAGGAAUGCCUGUCUGCUAGAUUCUGUAUAUCCUCAUCCACAUUUGGCAUUGACAUCUUUAUUAAUUUUAGUCAUUCACACAGCUACCUAUUGAGACCUCAUUGUGGUUUCAACAUUUCCGCAGUUGCUGAUGAUGUUGAAACUCUUCUCCGAAGCUUAUUUUAUCUAUAUCAUCUUUGAUGAAAUGUGUGUUCAUGUCUUUUGCCCAUUU